AUGGCCAAAACGACGCCGUAUGCAUCCCCCACUUUCAUGCCUAUCGUCCCAGACCACCUCUUCUUCUUUUUUCGUGUCAGUUUCAUCGCGCCCUUUCUUCCUCUCUCGUUUCACAGACCUCUCACCCCACAACCCUCUCCACCCUUCAAAACGAGCGUGAACGACAAAGGUUUGAUCCUGAUUUUGCUCCGGUGCGUUAACCUAACGUGGCUCAAGCUCCGUGGAUGCUGUGAGAUAACGGAGGCAGGAAUGGCCGCUGUUGGCGAAAACUGGAAGGCGUUGAAGAAGCUAUCUUGCGCUUCGUGCGUGUUCGGCAUUAAGGGAAUCAACGCUGUCGCCAGUCGUUGCCAGGAUUUGGAAGAGCUCUCCGUUAAGCGGCUGCGUGGCGAGGUGGUUGGUUCCGAAAUGACGUCGGUGACUUCUGUUUCCUUGAAGGAGAUCGUGAAUGGCCAGAGCUUCGCGCCCGUUAUGAUUGGGUCGAAAAGGCUUCGAUCUUUGAAGGUAAGGCUUCGAUCUUUGAAGGUAAUUGGGUAUUUGGGGGGGAUUGGGAUGACACCCUUGAGAAGAUUAGGAACCUCCACGCUGCGUUGGUUGAUGUUCACCUUGAGAAGAUUCAAGUUAGCGAUGUGGGUCUUGUGGGAACUUGCUUUGAUUGGUAUCUAUCCAACAUCUUCAAGCCUUGAGUCAAUUGCUUCCAAAUGCAAGGCUUUGGAGAGAUUGGCACUUUGUGGGCUUAAUACCGUUGGUGACGUUGAGAUUGAGUGUGUUGCCAACAAGUGUGUUGCACUCAAGAAAUUUUGCAUUAAGGGGUGCCCUAUAUCCAAUGUGGGGAUUGAAGCUCUUGCUUCUGAUUGCCCCAAUUGA